UGCCUGUAGGAAAAAUGAGUAAAGAUAAUCUUGCCUGAAAGUGCAGCAAUGUAAACCUAAACUACAGUGUUCUGCAGAUUAUGCCAUUCAAAGUGCACAUAUAAAAUAGAAGUGCAGUACUGAAUUUAACAUAUGCAGAUAUGAAAGCAAUAAGUGAUGUAUUUGAACUUUGAACAUCAACUAGAAGUUAUUUUGACUGAGACAAGAACUUGAUCAACACAGUUCAUGAAAAAACAAAAUAGCAAUUAGACAAUCUAGAGUGUAGAAACUUAUCAAAAAAAAAAAAAAAAAUCUAGGUGUAAAAAGAUGGAGGUCAAUGAUAUUAGGUGAAAAUGCAAUUGAUACCAGUAAUUGCCUCAAGCUUUACCUUAAAUGGUAAAUGGUGGCAAGUUUUCAGACAUUUGCUGUCAAUAAGAAAUUCACCUCCAUAAAUAGGGACAGAAGCAUUUUCCUAAUGUGGACAGGCGUGAAAUUAUUAAUUAUUUUUUUGGAAAUUAAUACUCCCAGCCACUGCAUUGUAUUGAUUCACUUAGAAUACAGUUUGCACUGAAAUCUUAAGUCCGGAAAAUGUAUUCUGCCAUGGUCCGAAAUAAUCAUGAUCUAAACUUGGUUAUUCCAUUUUCCUUAUUGUCUACACAUCUUUUUCUGGUUGUCUCUCUAUGUCUUGCCAUUUCUUUGGUCAAUGCAGAGUUCUCUUUGGCCGACCAACACAUAAUGGACCUCAGACACUAAGCCGAAUCUAUCAAAUCAAAGUUGUCAGCUGCUUCAGCCAGGUGUUGGAAAGAGUUGCCUGCUUUUACGAUUCUCUGAUGGCUCCUUCACAACCAGCUUCAUACCACUAUUGGAACCUCUAUGAGAACAUCAAAUUUGAUUGUCACAGAAGAUUUUGGAGUUCCAUUGGUUCUGCAGCACUUGCAAAUGGCUCAUCUGCAAGGUUGAAUUUUGAUACCUGUAAUACAAAGAAAGUUAAUUUCAGUGAAAGCUUUGAAUUUAAUCUUUGGGCAGUGGGGUAUUGAGGCCAAUAUGAAGCAAUGGAAUAUAACUGGAGACCCAUGUAGUGGAGCUGCCAGUGACUCCACCGCAUUUGACAAUGGCGAUUACAACCCCUUCAUCAAAUGUGACUGUUCCGUCAUUUAGUCUCGUACUGUCAAUGUUUUUACUUCAAUGCCACUCUGAAGAACCAUACUUUACCUUCAAUGUCACACCCAUGCAAUGAUCAUGAUUUGCAGGAAAGUUUAUGCCUUGGAUGUUGUUGGUGUACUUCCGGAAGAACUAUGAAAAUGAGCUACCUAUUCAAUUUGUGUGCUGAUCUAAAUUAUUGUGCUCCAGUUGGACUCACAUUAGUUAGCCAAAUUUAGUACCAAAUUUGUAAUUUUUGACUAUUUUGAAAUUUGUAAAUACAGUCUGGUUAGAAAACCAGUUUUUGCAAUUUGUAAAAUAAUAACAACUUUAGUUACAUUACAUAUCCAGCAUGAAAAUAAAUUGAUAUUU